UUCAUAAGUACAAAUAACCUUAAAACAACAGUAAAAUGAUCGUUGGAACGCCAUGCUUCGGUCUAUCAAACAAAGAAAAACUCACGUAGAACGGUAUUUUCUUGGUUCUGUUGCACGACAUUGACAGUGAUUGCGCGGCCAUGUUCAAGUGCAAUUUGUGAAUUCACUUCUUCAACACUUGGUUCACUGUGGAGGUCUUUUAAUAAAGGAUCUUUGACCAGCUCAGAGACGGUAUUGAGAGCCAAAGCCAUGAAUUCAGAGUGAGAAAAUGAUUCACUUUCAACCGCCAUUUUGUCAUGGUCAUUUUGGGAUAAUGAGGGAUGGAGUGCUAAAAAUUUUGAACGUCAAAGACUGAAAAGUCGAAAACUGCAUUAGAACGAAAAUAUUGCUUUACAAAAAGUUUAAAAUAUAACAAAUAAAUAUUCCAGAACUUAAACUUUUGUAUAUUAACUUCGAUACCCGGUAACUCAGCAUUAUUUUCCAGUAACAUAGCCACUAUUAUCCAUAAUUUCCACCUGUUAUCUCCUAGCCUUUGUUUACAAUUUGCAAAAGUUUGCAACUAUGAAAUUACAGCUCGAGUUUUAUUUCUUAUUUUUUCCAUGUCUUUGCGUUGCUAAGAAGAAACAAAAUCUGCAAAUAAUACCUCUGGUAUAUUUUAGCUUAAUACAGUAUCAGUCUAAAUUUCAGAAGAUUAACCUUGUUUAUAAAAUACCUUGUAUUUGAAUAUUAAUAAGUUAUUGUGACCACAGGUUUAAAGGUGCCUAUUACUUUAUGAAGUUGAGCUAUAUUUUAUUUUUAUUUUAGUCCAAACCUGUAGAGUGCUCAGUAACUGCUGAUAAUGGGGAUAUGGUUGCUGUUCAUUACAUUGUAUGCUUUCAUUUUUUGUAAUCAAUUACAGAUGCUUUCAUUCAACAUAGGGCCUCAAGCUUGGCCAGGCUGAUUAAUCCUGGCAUUUUAAUAAUAUUUUGUUGUGUGCCGAACUUAAUGUAAAUGAGCUCAGAAAAUGAGAAAUUGGGCGUGGCACAUGAUAAACAAGCCUUAUUAGAAUGGCAUAACAUGCUACAUUAGGGUCCAUUGUGUGUUAAUAAGUUAAUACAUCUUUAUUAUGGCAGGGGAAACUAGCAAAUGGUCAGACAUUUGACGCAUCCAAAGAAGAGCCAAUCAAAUUUCAGCUAGGUGUAGGCAGGGUGAUAAAAGGUAAUAAUUCCAUUUCUAAAGUUAAUUAGUUGAUUAUUAAUGAACCAAUUAAAAUACAACUAAAUUAUGUUCUAUUUUUAGGUUGGGAUGAAGGGAUUCUGGGAAUGUGUGUUGGGUAUGUUGCCAGUGUAAUGAUAGCGCACCAAGGCUGUUUUCAGGAUAAAGAAUGACAAAUUUUUCCUUUCAGAGAGAAACGGCAGCUUGUUAUUCCCCCAGAUCUUGCAUAUGGAGCCAAUGGUGUCCAAGGAGUCAUCCCACGUAAGUUUCUAGGAAACGUUUCUAGGAAUAGAUCACUUGCAGUUGACCUUAAAAUGAGAUUGUGCGUCACAUCUGGACAGCAGCUUAAAAUGAACUGCUAUUCAGUAAAGUGAAUCAUGAUCUCUUAAAAUAUGUGGUCUGCAAACCAAACAGAAAUCAUUGUGUCAAGUUUUUGUUUGUGUUUAUUUGGGCACGGUCAUGGUGAUCAUGCACCUACUUUAUUAUAAUUUUACUCUGUCUAAUGCCAGACAAGUUUACUUAUCAUGGGGAGAUUGCUGCCACUCAAUAGGUUAAAGGUGAUCUACAGUCCGAUCUGCGCAUGUGCACAAAUGAGCCCACUUUUUAUGAUACAAACAGUUUAACUAUGUUUUGAGUUCUUGAAAAGCCUGAUUGUUGUUUCUUAAUAAUUUAUUAUACUCUAGAAGCUUGAAAAUAUAAAUAGCUGUCGAAUAAAGCUCAAUAUUUUGGACACAAAAAUGUAAACAAAGGCUUUGUUUACAUACCGACUGUAGAUCACCUUUAAAGGUGCCCUACAGUCUGUAUGUAAACAAAGCCUUUGUUUACAUUUUUGCAUCCAAAAAAUUGAGAUUUAUUCGACAACUAUUUAUAUUUUCAAGCUUUUAGAGUAUAAUAAAUGAUCAAGAAACAACAAUCAUGCUUUGCAAAAACCUAAAACAUAGUUAAACUGUUUGUAUCAUAAAAAGUGGUCUCCUUUGUGCACAUGCACAGAUCGGACUGUAGGUCACCUUUAAUUAAUAAGCUAAAUCAGGUUGAAGCAAGAUACCAAUGCUUACAGUGUACCGUAGUUCAUUUCUAGACUGACAUACAAGUCAUACCUUGAUUAUUAUUUUCUUGCAGCACAUGCGACAUUGACAUUUGUUACAGAACUAGCUGGCUUGGAGAAAGACUCAUCUCUCGGUCGUUAUGACAUUGGAAAGGUUAUAAACUUUGCCAUCUGGCCAGCAAUUAUCCUUGGUGUGCUCAUUAUGCUCUAUAAGAGAAUGUCUGCAGCUGAGGAGAGGAUAAAGUCUGAAAAAUCUGAAAAGAAAUUGAGGAAAAAGAAACAUUAGAAACACUUAUUAUAAUGACUUCUAACGUGUAAAUUAUCAUACAUUAACUAAACAAAAUUAACAUACAAAUUCUUGGCUUACUUUUUGUCAUAUUGAAUUAAUUUGAUACCCAGGUGUUAGAUCUCUUCUACGCCUUCAGUUGACACACAAAGAAGUCAAAUGCAAUUUGUAUAACUUGACAUUUACAUAAUUAUACAUAAGUUUACACACUCACUAUACUUGGUAUAUGUGUACAAUAAAUAGUAAUUUAGGAAUUAUAUGCUACAUAUUUCAUUUGUCAUGCCGUUCAUUGUCAUCUUAAAAUGGUAGCUCACACUAUAAAAUAAAGUGUUGGUCUCAAACCAGAGAUACCCAGUGGCACACUCUUUAUAUUCAGAUAAUCGUUCCUGCGACAAUGGUGUGUCCAGACCCAUCAUGUACAAUCCAUUACCUUUCUUCCCCUGUAGUCCUGUAGCUCAGGAUUUAAUGUAUAAUAGUUAAGACAAGCGCAGAUCCAUCACAACAUUCCUGUACAAGCUAUGCAUCUUAAGAUCCUUCAAGCCACUCCAAAAUCCAACAUUUUAGGAAUCAAUACUGGACGAUCUUGAGCAAGCGAGAUAAUAAUGAUUGGAUAUAUCAAACGCAUUUAAAAUGGUCCUGUAAUAAUAGCAGUAGUAGAAGUCAGAAACUCAGAAUGUUGGAACAGAGCCAAGACUUCUGCAUUCAACAAUGUUGAAUCAUGUUGAGAUGGCUUGGACAAGCUUUAUGAUCUUCCAGAGAUCUUUCAUUUGCGUUGAUAUAGUUCAACCACACCCAGGACUCGUGAAUAACACAUUCUGGUCAUCAGCUACAAAGACAUCAACGCGCCACUCAAGAAAAAUGUGUCCAUUGUGGCAGAUACUUCACUGGUGUAUGUAGUUGAGACAUCGCCGCUACCAUGAUCUUCUGUGAGAGCACAGCUCUCGUUAAAACUGUAAAAUGUGUUGUUUUGUGGUAGAUUCUUCUAUAUGUAGUUCAGACAUCGUACACACAAUGUCUCUUUGAAUACGUUGCUAUAUCUUACAUGCUAUCAGUAUCUUUGUCUCUUGAACUUCCGAUGAGAGCUCCGCCCUCAUCAAAACUGUAAAAUGUACUACUCACGAGAGCUCUGGCGGGCUCUUCUGUUUUAGUUGACCUCGUUUUAGAACGUCUCGUCAACAUUUUCACCUGUGAAAACAAGACAGAGUUGUUAGUGCGUGUGAGUGCCGCGAAACUAUAUGCAGAUUUAAAGAAAAUGAGACCUGGCUAAGUGUAGGUCUGAUAAUGAUGUUUCCAGGAGCUUGAUACCAAGGCUCGCCAUCGACCUGAACUGGAAGUUCUGACUUGAGUCUCAUGUUGAUCUAUAAAC